UCCUCAAAUUCUAAAUUUUGCCGUUGUGUAAUUUAAUUUAAAUGGCGAAUUUAAUAUUUCAAUAUCUAAUUAUACAUUAAUGUGAUUUUUAGUGACACGUUUGUUUUCCGUUACUCCGUUUAUACACUUGUUUUUCGUUCACUCGUUUAAUCUACUUAAAUUAUUUAUCUAACUAUAUAGUAACUAUACUUGCUUAUUGAUUGUUGUUAUGAACCAUUAACUCGGUAUUGCACUGCUUAUUUUUAAACAACGAUAUUCCAGUAUUUGACGAGUAAGUAAAUCAUGAAGUAUCUAAUUAAAAGUUCUCAAAUUGCUGUUAAUCUGUUAAACGAAAAAUAAUAUAGAUCCAUAUUUUUCUGGUAUUAUCUUUCGUGUUGGUCGUUCAUCCACAUAAUAAGAUUUUUUCAUAGGUAGCAUUGUUUACAAAAACAAAAAAAUUGUAAAUUUCUUAUCGUUUAUUAAAUUAGUUUCCAGAAAAAAACAUUUAAAAAUAAUAGGUUCCUACCUAUAAAAUAAUAUUAGCUCUUUAACAAAUUAACAACAGUAAACUUAAUUUAUUACAAUAGUUAAUAUAGUUAUCAAUUUAUAUCUUAUUGUUUUCGUAAGUUUCACAAUGUAAAAAUGUAUUAUUUGAAGUAAACACACAUCAAAGUGCUUACUUAUACAAAUCUUACUCAGAAUUUUACCGAUAAUAAUGUUGAAAAAUGCUUUUAUUUUCUCAAUGUUUUAUACCUAUGUUAUACAUUUAUGUAUUAUAUAUAAGUGCAAAUCAAUAAUCACUCACACAGCUAGACUAAUUUAUUCUUGUGUUGGAAUUAUGUUAUGUAAUUUAAUACUUCUGUUAUUUUGUUACUUUUAUUUACAAAUUUCAUACUAAAAUUGAUAUUACAAUAUAAUUACCUGUUUACCAAAUAAAUGGAUAAAUAAAUAUUAAGUUUCUAUAAUUAAUGAAUAGAACAAAUUCAACACCAGCCCACCCUUCACUAACGUCUGUGAUCCUGAAAGUGGAAAUUUACCAUAAAAAUAUAAAUUCAAUUUUAUACAAAUUAUUAUAAGCUAGUACUAAUAUAAAUCUGUUACCUAUAUUUUAUAUUAUUUUUUCUUUUAAUCUUUUUUCUUUUUCUAAUAUCACUCAAAAUUCAUCAGUCUUUAAUUGGUAAGGUACCUUACCUACCUAUAAAUUAUAUUAUUUUCAAAAAUCAUUGUUACUAUUUCAUAAUUGAUUUUAAUUUUGUUUUUAAGGUCUUGGUAUUUUAUAUUAAGAUUUAAAGAGUAUUCAAACAAUUUUCAGUUAAUCUCAGAUUUGAAAACAAUUAUAAUAUAUUUUAUAAAGUUUAAAAUCCAAACAUUUUGAUAAUGUAAUUUGAUAUAGGUAACCUAUAAUUUUUUUUUUACAUUUUACUUAUUUUGAAACAUUUACCUAGCUAAUAUUCUUUAUAAUAUUAAUUAAUAUUGGUAGGUAAUAUAACAUGAGAAAAUUGAUGUUUAAAAAUCAAAGUCAGUUUAAAAGUCUGAAAAUUGAUAGGUAGUCAGUACGCAACAUUACAAAUUCACAAAUAAAACCAUAACUACUAAUAAAUAUUAAUAUUACCUCAUAUUUAAAAAUAAUUUGAAUGAUGAAAAAAAAAUGACUUGCUUAUAAAAUUAACAUUUCAAAAUUAAAACACUUAAAAUCAAUUUUUUUGACAGUUGUAAGCGGUGUAAAUAAUAUUUACAAUUAGUUUUUUAUUUUACUAGUUUCAUAAUUGAAACAUUUUAAAAAAGAAGUGUCUAAAUGUUCUAUUUCUAAAAUGAUUAAGUAUUUAGAUGGAUAAGUAGUAGGUGCCUAUUUUAUGUUUAAUAUAAUUUUUUACUAUUUGAUUUGAAAAAGAAAAUUGAAAGAAACUAUGUAGGAUAUUAUAUUUUUAUUUUUCAAUAAUUAAUAUUUUAUUUAAAAUUUUUCACACCUAUGUAUAUUGAAAAAAAAAUCUUGAGUUUUUCUAAGAUUUGGUUUCUUUUUUUUACUAUACCCAGCAUUUUAGUAGGUAUUUAAAAAUAAAAUUAUAUUAAUGAUAUUUUUUAUUAAAGUGAUAUUGUAAUCAUAGUUUUAAUUACAUUUAGUAAUACAUGAAGUAAAAUAUUAUUACACCGAUAUUACUAGAUUGACACUAAUCUGAAUACGGAGAUGUCAGUUGUUGUAAUCAAUGUUGUAGUUUUGUUGUAUACUUGAGUUAUUGUAAUCUAUUUACAAAUUCGAUAAGUUUAUUUCAUAUUUAUUUAUAUCACAUUGUUAUUUGUUGUAUAUUAUAAAUUUAGGUAAUAUUCAUAUUUUUAAUCAAAAUACAAAAAUUUAAAUUCUAAAUUAAGAGUAUGCACUAUACACAAAUUACACAAAUGUAUACUAAGACAACAUAGGUACUUACUUCAUACUUACUCUAAUGUUUAUAAUAAGGAUUUUUUUUUUUUUUUAAUUAGCCUUUAGUGUCACAAAAUGCAUGAAUAUGUAAUGUUUUGACUUUCAAAUAAAUUGUAUCGAGGAUAAAUUUCGUAGCGGACUUAAAUUACUAUUAGUUUUAGGUUUAUUUGUAGUUGUCAUUUGCAUUUCAUUUACAUACUUGUCUAUAUCUUUGUUGGCUUUGUAAAUUAAAUCUAAGGUCGGUAAUGUUAUCAUUGUUGUUGUUGUAUAGACUAUAUCUGGAAUGCUUGUAUAUGUUCUUUUUGUUAUAGUUACUGACGGCCCAUUUUGAAUCGUUUCAAAUUCUGCAGGAUAUUCUUUAGGGUAUUUUAUUCUUUUAGUAGCUGGUGGUGGUUCUUGAUUAGAUAACACUUUAGUUUCUAUGAUAAAAGGAGUUGUUGACUCUGUCUGAGGAUCGAAUAAUUCUUCGUUUAAUUUUGAACUUUCAGUACAAAUAUCAUUCACACACACCGUUACAUUUGUUGUUUCUAAUUCCAGAAAAUAUGUAUCAUUAGUUGUAUUAUUUCCAUUUCCUUUGUUUGUUACAACAGAAAUAUUAUCUGAAUCAAAUUCUGUGUUUACUGUACUAAUUUUAUUUUCGAUGUUUGAUUUGGUUGACGAUUGAUCAAGUAAUUUGUUUUGAGGAGGUUUAGUAGUUAUUAAAUUUUUUUUCUCAAAAUUCUUGUCCGUGGUAGGUAAUAACGAUGUCACAUAAUCUAGUCCUUUAGUUUGUUGACUGGAUUUAUGCAUAUUGGUUAAAAUUUGAUAUGUCUCUGUUUUAUACGAACGAUGACCAAAGUUAGGUCCAAACAUGUCUGUUGUAUCUUCUAAGUCUGUGAAUGCAUUUUCUGUACUAAUAUCAUCAUCAAUUGUUCCUUGUGAACUUUCCAUAACUAAUUUAUGAGGUGUACCCACUGUUGUUUUGUCAUUUGGUCUUGGUGUAGUUGCUUCUCUCGAUUCAUCAUAAUCUAUUUCUGUUAUAGGGUCAAUUUCCGGGGUAAUUGUAGAAAAUUCUUCAAACAUUGGCCUUUUUGAAUCCAAUAUUAAGUCACUCGGAUCAAAAAUUUCAACCUGUGUACUAGUUGUCAUUUCAGUCGACGAAUUAAUAAUUUCUUUAAUAAAUGGUGUUUCUGUUAUGGCUGUAAUAAUUUCUGUACCAUUUUGAUUUGUAAUUAUUACAGAGCUAUCAAUAUCUGUUGUGUCAAACAAUUCUUCAAAUUCUGGUGAUGUUUCUGAACUUUCAGUGUUUAUCAUUAAACUAGUGUCUGUGGUUUGUUCGUUUGUUGAAUUUUCAGUAUCAAAUCCUAAAAAUGAAGUUAUUGAAUCUUCGACAGUAUUCAAAUUCUCAUGUUUUAAAUCAGUAACUAAAUUAUGUGGAGUAUUGAGUUCAUUAUCUGGUUCGUUUUGAGUGAUAUUUUUCUCCGAUAUUGAAUCUGAAGUUGAAUCGUCCAAUCCUUCUAAUAAGUCGUCUGGUAAUGAUCUAUUUGUUUCUCUGGGUACUUCUUCAGUUUCAACAAAUAUUGAUGGUAUCGUUAUAACAUCUGGAACUGUAGGUAAUUCUCGUUGCUGAGUUUUUGUCGUAUCCCUUUUCCAAAUACUGUCUACAUUGAAAUUUUGUUCCGUACUAUGUGGCCAGUAAUUUCUUCUACUCGAUUUUUCAUAAUCCAUUGAAUCUCUUGGUUUUUGUUCUACACAAAAUAAAUAAAUAAAACACAAAUUUUAUUUUUAUACAAUUAUUCAAAUUAGUGCUUGUUUAUACUAUCUACUCCGCUAUCUACCUAUUGAUGAAGUUGAUGUGCAAUUGUCAUAUUUUGGACAACAAUCUCCUGGCAAAUAAUAUCCUUGACAGUCGUUUCGAGUGUAACAUACAAUAGAAGUACAUACUAUUUCUCCACCGUUGCAAAAACAAACUCUACACGCAGAUUCGUCAGAUUUAUUAAUUUUUUCACCAUUAUUAUAAAGUUUUCCUUUAUGUUCACAAUCUAAUAAAUUAAUAAUAAUAAAAAAAAACGUAUUAUUAUAUUUUCAUUCUUGUAUUGGUACAUAUUUCAAUUGUUGACAUUUCAAGAGAUAAAUAAGAUAUAUUAUUACCGCAUUUGUACUUUGGACAACAUUUGUUCGGUAGUUGAAUUGUAAUACAGCCACUGUUUACUGGACAUUUUGUCAUUGAACAUACAACAUUUGGUGGAUGACAAAUACAUUCCUCACAUGGACCUGCUCCAGGCACAUGUUCACCUUCUCUGUACUUCGAACUAUUAAUUAUACAACUAGAAUCAUCUAAUUUUUUAUUAUCGCGUUCUUUUUCCUGUGCAAAACGUUCAUUUUUAAUAUUUUCUUGAUUUGAAUAUGACAUACUUAAUGGCACUGGAAUAAUAACAAUAUUUUAUACUUAGAAAUAGUAUAUUAUGAAUACUAGUAGUAAUAGUAAUUAUAAUCAAUGUUUAAAAUUAAAUAUUUAACAUUCUACAUAUUUAAUUAUUUUAUUCUGCUGCGUUUACUGAUCAAUUGGCCUAAAUAACUUUAAAAAUAUGUAUAAUACUGAUACCUAUACUCUGUUAAAAUUAUCAUUAUUUUGAAUGUCUAUUAAUAGGUAUUAUUUUAAACAAUAAGACAAAUAUUGAAUUUGAUUUACCAUACAUAUGUAUGUAUGUAGUUAAUUAGAAACUAUAGUGAAAGUCCAAACAAAAUUCAUAGGCUUAUGUUUACAACAAAUGUAUAACAAAAUCAUUACCUAAUUAAUUAGUAUUAAUUUUAAAAUAAAACUUCAAUUGCUCACCUCCAAACACUACAGUAUUUAAUGUAAAAAAAAUACUCGAUAUCAUCACUGUAAGUUUCCAUCUUGAACUAAUUAGAUUAUGUCGCAUAUUGAUAUUCCUGUAAAGAUUAAAAACACAAAAAUUAUAUAGGUACAUUUUUGAGGACUAAAAUUAUAUAAAACACGUUUUUAGUUGUAUCAUGGCCAGUGGCGGAUCCAGAGGAGGGGACUUCGGCCCUCCCCAGACUUCUUUAACAGUAUCUUUUUACUUACGCAAAUAUUUUAAAUUGUUUAACACAUAAUUAAUUACAAUAUAUCAUAGUAUAAUUAUUAUAGAUACCUAAUUAACAUAAACAAUUCCUAAUCCAACCAUAGCAAAAUUAAUAACAUUUCUUUAUUAAUCAUUUCUUUCUUAUUUUUAGGAACUAGUACAUUACAAUAUAUAUAUAUAUAUAUAUAUCUUGAAAGUGUCUGUCUAAUAGAUUUGUAACAUGAGAAACAAACAUUUGAAGUAGGUUAAUUUAAAUUAAAUGUUGAAAUUGUGACCUGGUUACAUAGAUACUAAAAAAUCUUUGCAAUAAUUAAUUUGUAUGAUAUAUUAUUUUAAUUUUACUACGGAUUUUUGUUUCAUUUUAAAUUUGACACCAAAUAAUAUUUUUUUAUUUGUAUUGUCAAAUUAAUAUUAACAAAAAUGUAUACCUAUUAACUUUAUUAUAAUAAGAAGUACCUAAUUGAUACUGACUAGAUGUAUAAUGUGUUAGUAAUAAAAUAAAUAUAUUAUUAGGUAUCAGUCAAAUUAUUUUAUUAAUAUUUCCAAUUAAGAACAAGGGAAUAAUCUUAAUAUUAUAAUUAUUAAUCUAUUAUCUACUAUAUUCAAGAUUAUAUUAUAUUUCUAAGUUUUAUGAAACUAAACAGUCAAUGACAUUUUACAUACAAAGUUUUGUUAUAAAAUAUAUUAAUAAUAAUUAUAAAUGUUUCUUUUUAUCAUCUGGCUUUGUAUGCGUUAUUAAUCCUUAUUCAUUAGGCUCGUAUAGUACAUCACAUUCUGGCAACUUUUCUUUUAUAGUGUCAAUAGUUUCUGGGUUCUUUAAAAAUUGUAGAUUUUUCAAUUCUAAAUAUUUUAAUGCCCUGCAAAUUCAAAAUCAUUAAUAUAUAUUUAUAUUAUUAAAUACAAUAAUACUUAAUAAUACUAAUCACAUCCUUACUGAAGAUGUUCUAAUGUUAAGAUUCCUUUAUCAGUAACAUUCAUGCAUCCAUUGAUUUUCAAAGUUGUUAGGUUAUCUUUUAAAAUCUUUAGCUUGCUUAAUGCUUCAUCGUUAAUUGUAUGGCAUCCGACAAAUGCUACUUCAGAAAUAUUCUUACAGCCAGCUGUAAAAUUGAUAUUUUAUAAUAGGUAAUAUGUAUUUACACAAUCUAUAAAAUACAUAGUUAAAGUUAGUUUAAGUUAUAGUUAGUGUUUGUAUACUUACUGAAAAAAGGAAAUCCUAUAGACGAUAUUGAUGAUUCUCUCCCGGCAUAAACUUCUUCAAUUUGAAACUGUUGCCCGCGCGAUUUGAUCGGUAAACAAUUGUAAUGAUUCACAAAUUCUUCGCAGCCUUUCCAUCUUAUUUGUGCGCCAUUUUUCAUCAACCAUUCUGCGCAUGCCAUGUUAGGACCCACUUCUUUAAUACGGUCGUCAUCCAAACUUAAUUUUACAAAUAAUUUGAUUACAAUAAUAAACCCGAUGCAAAUACUUGUCCAUGUAUUAUGUAAUUCGUAGUAAAAACACUUGCCGAUUGAAUAUGUCAUCGACCCAUUGCCAUAAAGAACGUUUUUCCGGUUUAAAUAAUAAUCUUUUUAACAAAUUGAGUUGUAAAGUUUUUGACAUAAUGAAAUUCAAAAUAAACACUGUCACAAAAAUAAUAAUAGUAUGUUAUGUUCUCUUGAAAAUUAUGACUAACAUUGAGCAAUUACAGUCAAUAUACUCAAAUAGUAUGAUAACAAAAUAAUGAUAAUAAAUAAUAAUUAUGGACGGUUCAAAACACGAUUUCCGAUAGGAUAGGGGGCAGAUUAUCGGCCAUCCACAUACCGGUACUACCAUGAUCAGCGCACUCACGUGUGGCCAUAGGAAACUACUACUAAUAUGGCGCGUUACGUUGAUGAUAAUAAUCAUUUUCAAACAACUGAUUAUCACUGUUGGUGAAUAUACUCCUUAAAAAAAACUCUUGUAUUUUAUUUAUUUAUUUAUUUAUACAAUGCAGGCAAAUACGGAGUCUGCUAAUCAACAGUUGUCCAAAAAUUAUAAGGCCUGGUAUAUUAAUAUACUGUAGACGAAAUAAAAGCUUACCGAUGCCGAUUGAUAAUAAUAUAAUACAAAUUAAUUUUAUCCGAAAUUCCUUUUCGUAAAAAUAAAAAUCCAAGAUGAAACUUUGUAAAAACUUUAAGAUACUUCGAUGAAAACACGACAAAAAUAAUUAUACAAAAUUAUAGGUAUUAAAACAAAAAAAAUGUCGAGUAUAGAAUUCUUUCUGAGCAUAUUAAUUAUUAUAAAUGUACACAUAAAUUAUAAGUGUACACUGUAUAGUUUUUAGUGUCUCCUUCGAACACUGUUCAUGUCUAAUCGUUGCGUUUCUCGGGAAGGGGGUAGGGGUGCAACUAAAUCCAUUUGCCCGGUUGACUAAAAAAUUGAAAAUCUUUCGCCAACGAAUAAAUUAAAUUCAAGUCUUGAUUUUUAUAUUAAUUGUAUAGUACUGUUUGGCAUUCGAUUUUGUACUAUGUCAAUGCAUUGCGAAAACGGUUUCCGCACGGAUAGAAAAACCUGCGUACAUAUUGUUUUAUUUAUUUGUAUUUCACCGUUCGUCUGUAUAGUAACUGAAUCCGCGUUGUCGACAUCCGUCUUCGUCGUCAUCGUUACUUUUACAUUUAUACACUUUUUGAAUAAGUACAGUUUUUCCUCUAGUGUUUUUUGUUCAUGUCUGUCCAGCGAGUUUUCUCUACGCCGCCAAUAUAUUAUUGAACGUAACAUUUGUUUUUUUUUUUUUCUUUAUCGUCGAAAGAUCUUUUUCUCUCCGCUUGUUAUACAAUAUACAGUUAUUUAGAAAUAAAAACGAUGCCGAUGCUAUUAGAUUUUGACACUUUGACCCACAACGCGGGAAUUUCGCAUAGCCAAAUACAUAAUAUUCCGUUGGUAACUUUUUUCCCCACGGUUCACAAUUGACAGAUUACUAUAAUUCAAAACGAUUAAAUCAACACUCGUUGGCCCCAUACAUAUUAAAUUGUUCAUAUUAUGCUUUUGGAAUACUUACAAAUUAAAAUGUUUACAAUUUAAAAAUGAAUACUAUAGAUAUGAUAAAAAAAGAAAAAAGUGAUUUUGCACAGUGUACUCGUACUUGCAGCAAUAAUAAUAGAGCAAUAAAAAAAAGCGUUGAAAAAAUUUUAGAUUUUGUUUUGAUCAGUUGUAGUGUUGCAAAACACAUCAAGUUCAAGGCUCCGAAAAGAGCAGAUGAUUUCGUGCUACGUAGUGAUGCAGAAGGGUCAUUCUACUGUUGCCAUUAACCUAUUAGUUACGGUGUACGGUUUUACACUUGACGUGAUUUUUCUGUUAUUUUUUUUUUUUUAGAUAUAUUUUCGUCAUUGUUUUCGAGUGAUUUGCAGUCAAAUAAAAUACUACGUGAUACUCGGAAUAAAAAAAAAGUAUUCUAACAAUUAGGUAUUAUUCCAAUUUUAUAUAUCUCGUCCUGAUUUAAACGUUUUUUUGUUAUUUUUUUUGCUUCUUUUUUUUUCAUUGUCCGUAAUAACGUGCACUAGUUUUCUUGCCUAUACUUUUAAAUCAUCACCGUUGCAGCUGCAGUUAACUUAAUAUGCCGAUAAUUAAUUAGGUAUUUUUAAUCAUUCUAUAAAUAAAUACCGUUAUUGGGAAAAAAACGAAUCGUAUAAGGUUAAUCACUAUUAAGUAGUAGAAUGUAAUGGAGACUUAGAUACUAAACCAUAAAAUAAACAAUAGAUCAAAUAAAAUAAAUUUGAUGGUGUUGAUAGACGCCUUGUUCGGCGGCUUACUCGGGAAUUUUUAACGGGGUGGGAUAUACUAAAUACAUAUCGUGGAAUCAGAAAAAAAAACCGAUUACCGAUAAAUAAAGUGUUUUGUAAAUUUUAAAUAUACAUUUUAAGAGUAAAUAACCUAAAUAUAAACGCUCAUAAUUGUUAUUAUUUUUAAGUCACUUUGUGAGAGAGUACACCUCCAAUCUUCGCCGCUCCACUCGCCACUUAUCCCCUUAUAUAGAGUAUCAGGUGUCGAUCUACGACAAGAUAAAACAAUUCGAUUACACGUUUAAAUUUGAAUGCAAAAAAAUAGCGAAUCUUUAUUAUUAUUAUAACAGACACAUAUUAGAGGGAGUUUAUAGGAGCAGUCGCCUCUCCGAAUCCCGUAUCAUAGUCUAUUUAUCUUCUAAUUUACGUUGCGAACGUAAAAGAAAUCUGAGCCCAGUCCAGUGGUAAACUAAGAUAUAAUGCUCAUUUUUUUUUUUUUUACCACUAAGUACAAUUUAUGAUGAAACUUGUAUCAAAUUUUUAAUCGUUUUAAUAGACCUGGAAAUUUAUAUCUACAUAAAACCAGAAAAAAAAUCAAAUAAGCUAUGAAUAAUCUAAUAAAUAACUUGAAUAACGCCAAAAUUUUCGAAAAAUAUACUGCCUCGAGGAAAUGUUAGUGUAAUCAGUAAUCAGUAGUUAUUUGGUAAAAUGUAAGUUCUCUACGAUUAUUUCCACUAAAUUACUUAAAAAAAAAAUCUACAUAGAUUUUAACACAAACCGUUGUUGCAUAAAUAUUCACAGGUUUCCAGUAUUUUUUUCUGAAAUUAUUUUUUAAAGUACCUAGAAUAUCGCACAAUAACUUUUCGGAUACACCAACUAGAUAAAAUUUGUUACUAUAAACCGCCCUUUAGUUAAUGAUGGAAACAAGAUAAAACAGUUACAUAGGAAAAGGUAGUGGAUAAAUGUUUGAUUAUUCAUAACAAAAUUAAUUUACUCCCCUACCCCCCCCCUCUAACUUUGGGUUUCAAAUACGUGUCUAAAUUGCAUAUUAAAUAACGCGUUUUAAGAUGAAUUCUCUAACAAUCGUUACAGCCUAAAAAGCAAAUAUCAAAUGAUAUAGGUAAUCAAUUUGUAUUAUUUUUUUUUUCUUUUAUUCCGAAGAUGACCCACUAAAUGUAACCAGCAUAUUAUUUAUUUAUCGCGCACUACGAUAGUUGAUUGAAUAAUUGAAUAUACUGUAUAUAAAUUGUUAUUAUGCUAUAGUCGCCGUUACACACACUCACGACAACUGCACGUAUUGGAAAAAUGUUUUGUAAAUACAAUAAUUAAUUGUGUACGAGUUGUAUGGAAAAAAUUCUAUUCUAUUUACAUCCCUUCGAUUUGUUAUUAUUUAUUUUUCAGUGGUGAAACAAACAAUCUGUUUUUUUCUCGAUAUGUCGGGGGCCUGUGUAUAAAAAAAUAUGGCAAUUAAUUUAAUGCAUUUUAAAAAUUACAAAAGAGUUUUGAAUGUGAUGGUUGGGGGAUGAAAGUGGUUGCGUAGCGGUAAGGGUUUGCUGCCAAUAAUUAUAUACUUUCCCUACAUAGUUAGCGGAGAAAAAUCAAAAAUACCAUUCUAUAUAAUAUCGUAAAUUUGAUAAAAAUGUAUUUUUUGUGCGUUUGAAGUGUGAGAAGUUUUCGAGUUUUGUACUUGUGGUUUUGUUUUUUUCACCUGUUAAAACUUUUUCAUAAUUAUAUUUAAUCGUGUUAUAUCACGCGCAGUUAUUUCGAAUUACUGGUAACAUCGAAAGGAAAUCAUUAUUGUCCUUGGACAUUAUCAACAUUAUUACGUUUAUAUACUAUAGAAAACGCAUUAAAAUAUCAUUAAUAUCAUUAUUACCUAUGCGACUAGCUUAAUACGUAAAUUGUAACGAACAAGUAUAUUGUAUAAUAACAAAAUCAAACGAUUGUAAAGUCACAAAGUCGUAUAAAGAAUGUAGGUAUGUUUCGGCGAUUUAUAACGUACAUAAUAUUAAUUUGGUCAUCGCUCGUGUCUAUUUAUUCGUAAGUACGAGGUAGUUAUUUUUUUUUCAAACGAAAUUCAGAGCAGUUGAUUUUAACUAUUUGUCAAUAACAUAUACUAUUACAAAUAUUACGGUGUACAUUUUCAUCAAUAAAUUGAAUGAACUAUUAACUAUGAACUAUUAUGUCCCGACCCAUAAAAGGGGGUCCCAGUGGAAAUCAUGUUAUGUAUAACACGGAAUUUUUUUCGGAUCCUCGGUUGUUUGAGUGAUCACGCGACCCAGUAAAUUUUCUAUUCGCCACAAUUUCGAAGUCGCCGGAACUUCCGAUGAAAUAUUCCUGUACCGAAAUGGUAGUUACAUUAAAAUCCGAUUUAUAUAGAUAGAUAUACGAAUUUAAUCAAAAAUAAAAAACGACCGCGUCAGUUUUGCCAAUAUUAUAUGAAAUCGGAUUUCAACAAUAUCCAAAUUGGAAUUUUUUCCAACGCCCCUAUUUCCCACACUUAUUAUAUUAUGCUAAUACAUGUGCAAAACGUAUUGACGAUUUGAUAUUUUAUCUUUGCAUCUCCUCGUAAUCUAUAAACGACAAAGAGUAGGCUUUAUAAUAGGUAUUUUGCCGAAUAGAUAUUUGAGUACAGGCAGACUGGCAACGAUUUAAAACGCACCACUAAUUAAUGAUAAAUAAUCGUAUCCGAGUUUGUAAUUGAUACGAUAGGUUUUUAUUAAACACGUUACAUUAUAUUAUCGGGGUUUUUUUUAAAUUAUUAUUAUUAUCCGAGUCAAUAGCUUAUAGCUAUUGUUACUACUGUUGUAUAACAAUAACGUCUAAACUCUGCCCCGAUAAUAUUACAACGAACAUUCAACUAGAUUAAAACGGCAUUAACAAAAUCACCUAGCUAAUUAAUAGUUUUACAAUCUACCUUGUACAUAAUAUUAUUAUGUACGUAAAAUAUCUAUUCGAACUGCAACGUUGCAGCAAUUUAUUAUUCGUAGUUUGACGAUAAAAAUUACAUAUUAAAAUCUAACCGGCCCUGUGUUAACCAUAAUUCCUUUGGGUGUAUACUACUAUAUUAAGGUGCGAUAACGAUAUCGUAAUUAUUUGUAAAUAGAGUUGAAUAUAAUAUUAUAAUGGGACGUUAUUAAAUAACGAUAUUGUACGGUUUUUUCUCGCAAAAAAAUAUCGACAGUGCCUAUCUGUGCGAAAUUCUCAAGUAAAUAUUACGUUUACGUUGAUUCCGAGUUGAGUAGAGAUAAUAAAAUUAUUUAACGUUCAAACGCCGUUAUGUAUUAUACGAAUGGAAUAUUUUGAACUUCCCCGCGGACAAUAAAAUUCAUGUUUUGCAUUAAAAAACAGAAAAAAUGCGCAUAAAUAUCGCCCGAGUAUAAUGUAAUUAAUAAUAAUAUUAAUAAUGAUUAUAUUGUUAGGUGUACUCACAUUUUUGACGAUCUUUAAUAAACGUGUACUAUUGUAAUGAAAAUAUUCAAACGUGAGUCACACAGAGUCGGUGUAUAUAUCGCUGCGGGGACUCUUGUUAACUGAAUGCCGAAUGAUCUACGGAUCUAUCGUAUAGUAGUAGUAGUAGUAAUAGUAGAAGUAGUAGUAGAGCUGUACGCAAUGUGCAGGCCGAAUAAUGAAAAAAAAAAAAAACCGAAUCGAUUCAAAUCUACAGAGCCUCCAGACUGAAAAUAAAAUCAUCGCGCAUGCGCGAUUUGCCAUUUAUACGACUCGCGAAAAAAAAAAAACAAUUUAAAAUGUGUACCUAUACAACAAAAACAUUUUCGUUUUAUUAUCUCCAUAUAUAUAUUAUAUAUUACGAUAUUGCCAUCGAUCGAAAAAUUCGACUGAUUAAUUAUUGUUAUCGUACAUAGUUAAACGCGUAAAAAAAAAAAAGUACAGGUGCGAUUUAGGGAAUUGUAUCAAAUUUUUUUUUUCCGUCGAAAAACACGCACGAUUAACCUUAAUGAACUUACUGGAAUUCCGUCGGUGCGCCCGUCGUACAUUAUUGUGUCGCGAGACUUUUCGGGCCGUUUCGACGAUUUUUUUUUUUUCUCCGGACGGGGGAAGUGUUUUUCUCGCCAAAUCGCGGCGUUUUUCGUAUCGUGAAUGAUGUUCACCCGUGUACAGCCGACCCGACAACCGCGAACGAAAUUAUUACGUUUCGCUAUCGUCCCCGGCGAGGGUCGUUUUCUACGACGACGAAAAAAAUAAACAGGCGAUAAUAAACACUGUAUACGUUAUUAUUAUUUUAUCGAUCAUCCGUCGUGUUCCAGUGCUACUCUGUGCCUUGUACUGAAGUCUCGACAACGACGACGACGGUGCCCCGUAGGUAUUAUAAUAAUAAUAAUAAUAUACUUAAGUAUAGUCAGUUUACUAUACAGUCUUGACUUGGCGAAACAUAUUUUUUUUUUCUAUACCGCGCGAUGUCACCGUCAAAUUAAUUUCGAUAUUUUGUACGCGCGUGUCGAAAAAUUCCCGUCCCCCGAACCAUCGGAAUUUAUAGCGUUUAAAAACCGCGGCGUCGACUUCCCGUCAAAAUGAAUUAUAUUAUUAUUAUUAUUAUUUAUUUUUUUUUUGUCGUUCUUCACGGGUUAGAUACAUAUUUUAUUUUAAUUUUUUUUCGGUCGACAAUCUUCCAAGUAUAUAAUAGUAUCUUAUCCGCGUCUAUUCAACAAACGACAACGACUUUGAACAUUAGUAUUAUUAUACUCUAUGCGCACGACCUUCUUCGCGCGAACCUGUAGGUUCUGUAGGAGGACACGCGGCUGCAAGGUCUCCGAGGAAAAAAAAAAUCACCUCGUCAACUUACUUAUAUAUGAGAUUUACGUUCGAAUUCGCUUUAUAUACGACGUCGAGUGCGUUAUCCCCCGAGUAGGUUUCGUAUUGUUGAAAGCUGAGCUGCUCUUUUAUUUACGAUUUUUUUUUGUGUACGGGGCGAACGGUUACGGUAUAUCCGGUUUUAAAAUUGAAUCUUUACAUCGGAAAUUAACAUUAAACGUUAACCGGUUAAAAUACAAUAUUUUGUAUAUCCACGAUUAUUAUUGAUUAUACGUAUUAUCAAUCGGCCGGCCGCCUAAUGGAACGGUUUUUCUACCGAGAAUCUUACCCCAAUCAAUAUCACGGGUGGCGCGUUUUGUUUGGUUGAUUCGUUUUUAUCUAUUUCCCUUGUAGUUUUCUAACGAAUGGAGAAAAAUGUGAAAAUUACUCAAUAACGGUUUUUGUUCAGUGACAAAUAAUUAUUGUAGAGAAUCGAAAUACAAUUCAAAGAGUUGGUUCAAAAUAAUACAUUGACACUGUUUGAAAGUUUUUUUUUUUUAUUUCAAAGAAGAAUUAAUAGGUUAAAAUUGAGGGCCUAAUAACUGUAUACUUAGACUUCCUCUGCCCAUUCCAUGUUCGUGGAUUAACGGUUCGGGUCAGUCCGGCCUUUACUGAAGAAAAUUUGGAACGUUUAAAUUAAUACCCUAAAAUAAACGAAUAUUACGAGUGUACUAAAACAGAUAUUAAAUCUAAUGAUUUAAAUUAUAAUUGACGGCCGAAUUGAAUAAUCAUAAAUUAUUUGCGAAAAUGUAUAAAUUAAAAACUGAAUUUGUAUUUCUUGGUUUUACUAUGUUUAGUUACAGUUGUUUGUAUUAGUCUUGGUACAUUACAUUGAACAAUAUUUAACUCAAUGUUUCUCUCCUAAAUUCACUGAUUUUAAUGUUUUAUAGUCAACCGAUACGAAAAAAUAUUUUACAUUUUUAGUACAUAUUCGUUUUUAUGGUUUGAUUAUCAUUUUUUCAUCGGCAUUUUCAAAACUCACUGUAAUAAUAGAUGUAAUGGUUUUUUUUUUUUUUUUCGUAAAUAGAUUACAUUAGGUUACUGCGGUUUCUAUAUUAUUACAAUUUUUUUUUUUCUAACCGAUAAUUUUGAUUAAUUAUUAUUGCGCGUGUACGUCUACCUAUGUAAGAAAAUGAGUCCUUCUGAAUCUGUGUGUGUGCGUGUGUACCUAAAAUAUACAAAAGUGAGAUAAAUAGAUACACGUACUAAAAGUAAAAUUUAACAUUUUUUCAUUGUUAAGUCAUAUUCCGCAAGGUCGUUAUUCGAACGAUUUUCGCCUAAUAAAAUUAACUGUUCGAAUAUAAUAUAUUGCGUACUUCCUGUGGUGCAACUAGACUCUUAGGGGCCCCUCCCAAAGAUUUGAAACAGUCCUGAAUAAUCCAAGGUAACCUCACUUCCUUCAUGUCUUAAACAUCCUUUUAACUUUAACAUAGAUGUUGAUAGUAAUUAAAUAAUGUAUUGUAAAAUUUGAAAACCAUUAUAAACUAUAUUUUAUUACUUGUCCUUCGGGCGGUCAGUUCCUCUUUGGCUGUCCCAACAAAAUCUCAAUUUUCCAACUUAUAGGUGCGCUAGUACGAAUAUUUCUUAAGCUGUUUCAAAUGAUUUGGUCUUUACACAUGCUUACUGGUGAUUUUUAUGUUUUCCAAAAAUUGGAUCAUCACAAAAAAAAAGUCGUUUCUUACAUAUAUAUGUAAAAAAUGUUUCGAAUUAACAACAAUAAUAGUAAUUCAAGUUCUUAUUGUUGUAUUUUUUUUUUUUUUUCCAAAAAUAGGUUACCGAGCGAAAUACGUAAUUUUUCGAACGUUAAAAUAAUGUCGUUUAUCUAGCAACUACUCUCCGUGCGUAUUACAUGUGAAUUUAUAUCUUUUCUUUUUUUUUUUUUUUUACUUAUUUAGGCCGAAAGAACGAGAUUAGAAAAAAAUAUCGAAAUAAUAAUAUUAUUGUCACGGCGGUCGGUGUAAACUGUCGCCGACAUUGGUGGCCAAACUUUUCGGUUUUUCGCGUACAUAAGGAAUAGGGAGACUCUGUAAACCAAAACAUUACAACUAAAAAAUAUCGUAUUACCAAUGUGUAUUAAUUUAUCAAACGUAAUGCGUACAGAAAAGUGCGACAAAUUCCGAUUGCGCGGCGCAAUAAAACGAGAUAAAAUUUGAAAAAAAAAAAUCAUUUACACGCGAUACUGGAUACCAACGCAUGUGUCAACUGUUCGUUUUUGAUAUUUAAACGAAAUAUUAUCUCUUUACGCGGUUGUCGGUUUUUCAUUUGCGUAAUGGAUACGGUUUAGGUACGACGGAUAUUUUCAUGAAAUUUUCACGCCAUGUUGUCACAGAAAAACUUCUCGAAAAUGUUUUCGUCUCCUUGAGGAACCUUUUCGAAUACUCUUUGAAAGACACGACAUUUUGUUUACUAUUCAGAGUUGGUACGUGAUUAUUUUAAUUUGCAUAUUCAGUUGGACUAUUGACAUUGUUGCAUAUUAGUAUUAUAUACCAUGCUAUUAUGCAUGUUUAACGUUUUUUUUUUUUUUAAAUAAAUCAACAAACUCAUUAAUUAUAAAAAGAAUCAAUUUAAAAAAAAUAAAAAUCCAUUUUUUUUCUUAGAGGAAUUCAGUUCAAUUAUUGUUAAUUUACGGAUUUAAACUUUAAUUUAAUUAAUUUUUUUUUUAAUCAUUUAAUGGAGAUUAUAAAAUAUUUCAUUCUAAUAUUGAUUUUUAUAUUAAUUUUAAUUAUUUGAGUAAGUACAUAGGAAUUAUGUUAUGUUUAGUUUUGGUUUAAAUUUUGAAAAUAAUGUUUAAAAAAGAAAAAAACAUCAUUUAUUUUACCUAGUAAAACCCGAUGCAUAUUCAGCUGCUUUUUCUUUGUGUAUUUGACAUUUUCAAAACGCAUACAUUCCAGACUCUAGAUUGUUAUAAAGCAUAUAAUAUUAUGUUUUACAUUUAUCGAUUAUUUUAACGGUUUUCCGAAGGCCAUUUAUUUACUAUAGUAUCGUAUCGUCUAAAUUAUAUGUUGAAUAAUAAUUAUUAAUACCAUGUGUUAUACGUACUGAGAUAAUUCAAUAUCUCGACCGAGAGACGGUUUUUGGACUUUAGUCGUCUACAGAACGCGGAAACAACAGUGGUGUGUUAAGUUGUGUGUCCCGUGGUUGAAAUAAAAAAAAAAAAUCGCCAUAAUAAUUAUAAACUCGUACAUUCGUUUGGUUUUAUUCACAAAGUAUGAAAUUAAAAAAAAAAAAAAAAAAAAAACAGUUAUGAUUUUUUUUUUUUUUUUAAAUACUUUACGGUUUAACUGUAUUUUUAUUCGCUUGAAUUAUUUUUUUGUUUUAGAAACGACACAAUUUACAAGUUACAGCCAUCAAUAACAAUAUGGAACAGCGAUUAUCUUUACCAAUGAGGUAUGACGAACAGGUCAGGUUCAUGUUAGAGCUACUGGAUACUACUGUAGAGAAAGGUAAAUUUAAAAAAACGGUUUAAAAAAUAAUAAUAAUGAGUGUAUUUUAUUUCUAUAGACUUUAAAGCAAAAAUCAUGGCUUUUAGCGUGUUGAGCAUAAAAUUAAAUAACCAUGAAGGCGACAAAGAAAUAUUGAAACAAAAACUGCAAGAAACGCGCAUAGAGUGCGAUCGACUCAUGCACAAUCUUAAAAGUUCCAACCGGCUAUUGGAUGAAGCGAAUAAAGAAAAAAGACACGCUGAAAUCGAACGAGACAGUUUGGUAAAAUAUUGAAAUUAAAUUUCUCGAAUAAAUGUAUGUGUUAUUUAGGUAAUAAUUAUUUGAACUUUUUAAUUAAUUAGGCUCAGAAACUCGAAAAUUUUUAUCAAUUAUUUAAUAAAGCGAAUCCUAAUGGCAAUCGAUCUGGUUCGGAAUAUCAAUACGAAGCUGAAAGGUCUGAUCAUAUACACCGUCAAGACACAACCGGUAAAAUAAAACUUAAUUAAUAAAUUAAAUUAACGGAUUUCUUCUAUAACUGAAAAUGAUGUAUUCUAGAAUCAGUAUUAUCUGACAUCAGUUACUCUCGAGUAGAAGACAGUCUGGAUUCUGACAAGAAUUUUGAAGAUGCUUUGGACCGUUGGGAACCUGAAGAUGUACUCGGUACAGUUAAGAGAAAACGUUUGUCAGGCCGUACAAAUGCAAAUAAUGGAUUAGUAAAAGAAAUCGAGGUAAUCCUAUAAUUUAUUAUUUAUUUAAAUAUUUAUCAAAUUAAAAUACUUGUAUUUUUGGUGUUCAUAUAGACCGCUACAACUACUUCUUCUACUCAAAUUGUUGCCACCACUACUGUUACAGUGCAACCGUUUACUAGAAAUGUCAGUGCAAAAUCAAUUAUUGAAACAAGACCGACGUGUCUUUUUCCGACACCAAGUGCACCACCUAUAUCCGGUAUAACAUUAUAAAAUGUUUAUCUUAUAAUCAAACAAAUAUUAUACGUGAUUCUUAUUUUUUUAUAUGUUUUGUUAUUGUACACAUUUUGUAGAUUCUCUCGAUUCGUUUGAUUCCGAUCAAUAUGGAAAUGAAAAUAAUCAAAAUGCACCGAACACGAUUCAUUCAAGUUCUGCACUAAAUAAAUUGAACAGUAGAUCCCAUAAUUUUACUCAAAAAAAUGUCAUAAUUCCAGAAAUUUGUGGUCCGUGUGGCAAAAAGUAAUACAUAUUACUAUCAUUUUUAUUUACAAUAGUUUAUUAAUAUGAUGAUCACAUAUAUAUAUUAUAUUAUUAUUAUUAUUUUUUUUUUUUUAGAGUUAAAUUCAACCGUGUUGUAGUAAAAUGCUUAGACUGUAAGGCGACUGCUCACUUGGAACACAAAGAUAAAAUUCCAUUACCAUGUAUUCCUGUAAAAAGUACACCAAACAAAAACGGAGUAUGUUUUGUUUUUACUCUAUGUUAAUUUUAAUAUAUGUUUGUUAAUCACAUUCCCUCUCAAUAAUCUGAAUUUUCGUACGGUGUUAAUAUUCACUAGGUAAUUUUAUAAAUAUGAAAUGAUUAACAAAAAUAAGAUUCAUGGCUAUGUGUUAUACUCACCUUAGUAAUUUAUUAUUAUUUUUAAUUUAAAUCUUAAAAACUUACAAUUCUCAUCAGAUUUAUUUUGUUCACAUUUUUUGGGGGAUUGGUUAAAUUGAGAACUUAAUACAUUUUUCUCUUGUAAAAUAUUAUUCAUGUUGUUAUUCUCCUGAAAGUACAUUAUAAAUUUACUAGUGUUGAAAUUUUUCGGAUUUUUUUAAAAACCAGAUAAAAAUCAAUUUGGAUAUAUGUAUGUAUCUACUAUUUACAUAUUCAUAAAAUGUAAUCAAGAAUAUUUAGGAUAUAAAUGGUUACUCGUCUAUUCAAAUAAAAAUACAUAGGUACUUAAAAAACAUUGAAAGUACAAAAAUCUGAAUACAAUAAAUAUUCGAAUAUCCGGAUUUUGCAGAAAUCAAUUAAUCGGAUAUAACAGUCCGGUUAUCUAAAUAUAUGCCACAACACUAAAAUAUACUUAUAAUUAAAUAUUAUUUGUGUGAUUUUCUUAUACUUAAGUUAUAAUUAGAUAUAUUUAUUUUUAUUUAGGGACGCAUAGCUGAUUAUUCGCCAAUAGUUAAUGGUCGCCCGAUGAUACCUGCGUUGGUUAUGCAUUGUGUCAACGAAAUAGAACAAAGAGGAUUCGACACUGUGGGCCUAUAUCGGAUACCCGGUUCUGAAAGAGAAGUUAAAGCACUUAAAGAAAAAUUCCGUAAAGGUGUGCCAAACUUAUCUGAUGUUGAUAUACAUGUGGUGUGUGGUUGUUUGAAAGAUUUUCUGAGGACUCUAGAUGAUCCAUUAAUACCUCAUUAUGAUUGGAAAACAUUUACGGAUGCUGUAAGAAAUUCAAAAGAUGAAACUGAACAUCGAUUGUACCAAGCCAUAUCACUAUUGCCUCAGCCCAACCGCAAUACUCUUGCGUACAUCAUGUUGCAUUUGCAAAAGUAUGAAACAUGGUAUUAUUUUAAAUUUGUAUAAUGUAAAUAAUUUAUCUAUAAUUAAUUUGUUUAGAGUUGGGGCUACACCUGAUUGCAAAAUGCCUGUUGGGAAUCUAGCCCGAGUAUUUGGUCCUACCAUUGUUGGUUAUUCGAGCGAAGCUUCUGAAAAUUUGUAUUUUGAUUGUGAAUUAAGCAACAAAGUAUGAUAAUAAUAUUUUUUUUAUGUAUAAUAUUACCUAGUUACAAUAAUAAUGCGAAAUCUAUUUUUUGUUCAGGUUGUUGAAGAAAUGCUUAAACUUUCGCCUGAUUAUUGGUCAAACUUCUUAAAUAAUUUAGUUCCUCUGCGAGCACAGAACACACCUGUUAAACAAACACCUUCACGUCCAUUACAACCUACCCGUACUCCAAUCACUAAAAACAAUCGAAUUUUCGGAUCUAGGUAAAAACAAUUUACAAUUUACAUAGUAUGUGUUAGUACUAUAAUAACUAUUUAUAUUUUAUUCUUAGCACUAAAAGGCGGUAUUUAGAAUCACCGCGAUCAGUCAAAGCUGCUAGAAUUAAGCAACUUGAAUCGAAAAAGAAAUAAUUUGAUCAAGACAUAAUAUUUAUUUUUGAUUUUCUUUGUUGUUUAUCAAAAAUAAAUAUUAACAAUCAAAAAUUAAGUAUUUCAAUAAUCAUAUUAGGUAUUUCACUUAAUUAUUAAUAAUUUUUUAUUUUUUUUUUUUUUUUUACUAUACUAACAAAAUAAUUAGCUUUAUGUGAUCUUUCGAACAAAACUAAUACAACUGAUAAAUGUAUAUCAGAUUUAUUUUAUUAUAUUUAAUAUUGAAAGUAUACCAACAAUCAUUUUAAUAUCUGUUGUAAUACCCAAUCAUUAUUGUUUUUAAUUAUUGUGCUUUUUAUAUUAUGUAAUUAUUAUUAUUUUUUACUUAAUUUGAUACAUAUACAUACGAACAAAAUAUUAUAUUUUAUUGCUUAUAAGUUAUAACUUAUGUAACAAAUCGAACAAAAUAAUAUUUAAGUCUACUGCCAUACGUAAUUUAUGUUUUAUACACAAAAUUUAGAUUAAAUAUAAUUUAUAUAAAAAUAUAUUUUUUUUUUUUACAUAUAUAUAAGUUUAAAGAAAUGAAAAUAGUAAUUCUAUAAUACUGAUGAUUUGUAUGGUUUAUUAUUUAUAUACGAGUAUUGCACUCUUAAUCACUGACCAUAGGUGAAGUAUAUUUUACAAAAAUAUUGGAGGUUUUAUACUUUAUUAGUUCACUAUUUUUCUGACAUGCAAAAUUUAUUCUAUUUGUCAAGAUAAAAAUUUGAUUGCACUUUAAUGAUGAUAUUUUGAAAAAAUUUUGAAUAAUUUUAUGUUAAUUUACCUUCAAUUGACUCGCACAGUUUUUAUAGUGUUAUUAAUUGUAUUUUUAUAUUUUACAUUAUUACAGUAUUAUUAAUGUAACCAGA